UGGGGAUCGAAUCCUGCCAUCCACUGUCGAGUUGUGUGCUUUCUUUUUCUCUGACAUGGGGACACGGAACAGCACUCAGACGUUUCUGAACUUUCGAAAGGCUAUAGAACAACGGUAUGAGGGGGAGAAGAAGCCGGGGAGAAGGGGAGGAGGAGGAAAGGGGAGGAAGAGGAAGCAACAACAAGGUGUGGCGUCAAUGAUUAUAGACGGAGGAGGAGGAGGAGGAGGAGAUGGACAUGAAGGUAGCCGUCCGAUCGAUGCAGUAGGAACAAUUACAGGACCAUCAGGAGGAGACAAGGAGGACGAGGGGAGCAGGGGGAGCGGGAGAAGGGGGGGGGGGGGGGGGAAGGGGGGGGGAAAGGGAGAGGAGAUGGCCAACGUGCAGUGUCGACACUUAUGGGUCCGCUCAGGACGUUUGACCUCCACAUUCUUAACUCAGCUUGCCAGGCGUAGCUAUGGAGCUAGCAUCGUUGCUGCUGAUCCACGGCGUGAAGCUGGUGAAUUCCUCUCCGGCUAUGAUGGAACGAAUACACGAGAGCGGUUUGAGGACCACAGCCAUCCUGGCGAUUGUCAAGGCAUCAAGAAUCAUUGUGGGGGUGGAGGUGGCUUUUCCGCGCCCUUUCACAGUCGUACCUGCAUGAUCAAAAGUCAGCAAGUUGUCAUCGGUGAUGCCGGCGGCGGUGGCGGCUGGGGGGGUGAUAGGUCGAUUUCCUGCAGGCACUUUCAUGUCAGCUUGCCGACUGAUUUAGUAGCGGCUGGUGAUGGUGAGAUGGGGGCUCUUGCUGAUGUGGCAGAGGCUCCUGCGCGGCGAAAAGUUGCGCCUUUGCCGGCGGAUAUCAUUGUCCAUGAGGGGGCGGGUGAUGGGGAGCCAGAGGCGGCGGAGGCCUUAAAGCGCAUCCCGCUUCUGCGGCUUAUCCACGCUGCGCCUUUGUCGAGCGAGGGAGCAAAACGUGAAAACGUCAGCCUGCAGGAAGCAAUUAGGAGUGUGAAGGGGAAUGCCAGGGCGAAGUUCGAUGAAACGGUUGAAGCGCACAUUCGUCUGAGUGUGGAUCCCCGCAGAGGCGACCAGAUCGUGCGUGGAUCGGCUGUGCUCCCUCAUGGUGUCGGGAAAGUCGUCAGGGUCGCUGUAUUUGCAGAAAGGAAUAAGGCAGAGGAAGCCAAGUCAGCAGGCGCUGACGUGGUCGGCGCUGAUGACCUCAUUUCCCUCGUGAAGGAGAGUGGUGGUGGGAAGCUGCCCUUUGAUCGCUGCAUUGCUACGCCUGCGAUGAUGCCUCGUCUGGGACAGGUUGGCCGGAUCUUAGGUCCCCGCGGACUCAUGCCUAAUCCUAAAGUGGGCACGGUGACCAACGAUGUGGCAGCGGCCGUCAGGGCGGCAAAGUUUGGCCAGGUGGAGUUUCGAGCAGACAAGGGUGCAAUAGUGCAUGCGGGGCUGGGGAAGGUCAGCUUUCCGGAGGAGAGAUUGCUCGACAACAUAGCUGCUUUUUCGUCCGCCCUGCUAAAGGCGAAACCCGUCGGUCUGAAAGGGAGUAGCAAGUACCUUGGCUACUUCAUCAGUUUUUCCCUAUCUUCUACAAUGGGUCCAGGAGUUAAGGUUGAUAUCCCGUCUCUAGCGGCUGUGGCAGACUCCUAUGUACGCCGGGUUGAGCAGGUCCCUAAUUCAGCGAAAUAAAGAAAGAAAUAAUAAUAAAAAGACAUUAUUGUA